AUGAAGAAAAUAGUUAUCGAGGUGCACAUGAACGAUGACAAAUGCAGAAGCAAAGCACUGAAAAUUGCUGCAGCUUUUCAAGGUGUGAAUUCAAUGUCAUUAGAAGGCGAAAGCAGAGAUCAACUAGUCGUGACAGGAGAUAUCGAUUCUGUUUCCUUGACAAAUAAAUUGAGGAAAAAGUUCAGCUAUGCAACCCUUUUAGGUGUUGGAGACAUGGAGGAUUCCAACAAUAAGGGUGGCGAUGCCGGAGGGACAAAGGAAAAUGUAACAAUUGAGGAUUCCAACAAUAAAGGUGGCAAUAUCGGAGGGACAGAGGAAAAUGUAACAACUUCAACGGAAAACAUAUCCAUACCUUAUUCUUAUGCAAACUAUCCUCCCCCCUUGUUCCACGUGGUUUAUGAUCCAUACCCAUCUAGUUGUUCCAUCCUCUAGAAGGAUCGAAAUCUUCU